AUGUCUGAAGACGCCGCCUCGCCCGCCGCCGCGAGCACCCCCAGCAAUGCGCCCGCCGACUUUGAUCUCGUAGCCGCAAAGGCUGCUCUGACCUCCUCGUCCACCUCGGCGCGGAUUUCCCAGUUACGCUCCAUCGAGGAGAAGCUGUCCCAAAAAUCCCUCGACCGACCAACAACUCUCGCCGUCCUCAAGGUUCUCUUCUGGACCCACGACUUUUACCACGAUCGCCCUUCUCGUGCCGCCGUCCAGAAAUGCUUGGUAGCGCUCGCCCAGAACGGAGAGCCCGAGAUUCUUACGCCUCUGGUCGCCGCCAUCGGUCAGGAAAUCAAAAAGGGUGCCAUUGCGCCUGGCAGCGCCUUUACCUUGGUCGAAUGGUGCAGCCUGUUGGUUCAGAACUUGGCCAGUACUCCCAUGUGGGAAAAGUUUGGAAAGGAUCUCACCCUGUCCCUUGCUGAGGUGCUGGAAAAGUGCUGCCAGCCUACUUCCAGGGGAACCGUCAGCAAGUCCGCCCUCGUCAUUACCCGCCGCGGCUUGAGGAAACUGGCGGCUGGAGAUGACAGGGAAAAGGUCAUUGAGGAGGCUGUCAAGGCCCUUGCUGCCAAGGGAACCCAGCCUACGGCCAAGUAUGCCGUCCUGCUCGGUGUCAUUGCUGGUGUCUGCUCCAGGAAACAGGAAGCCGCCCCCAUCAUCGAGAAGCUCAAGAGCCAGUACUUUACCUUUUAUACCCGCGAAAUUGUUGGUUCCAGGACACAGGUCCCCCCACACCAGGCUGCUGCUUUGUCCGAUUUCUUCUCGAGCUUCGUCACUCUGGAGGAUCUCGACAAGGAGGUCUUCCCGUCGUUGGAGAAGGGUCUGCUCAGAGCCCCUGAGGUGGUGCUCAACGACCUCAUCACUCCUCUUGUCGGCGCCCUGCCACAAGACUUUGAUCUUUCCGCUGCCCUGCACGGAAGGUUUGUAAAGCCUCUGCUCAACAACGUCAAAUCUUCCAAUGCCGUCAUUCGCAGUGGCGCUGUCACCGUUUUCAAGGGCCUCGCUGCCCGGAGCAAGGACGUUGCCCUUCUUGAAAAGGUGGCUGAUGAGGUUCUUAACCCACUAAAGACCGGAAAGCUCGCCUCUGCUGACCACAGAGUACUUCACUCCGAGAUGCUUGUUGCCUUGGUGGUGUCUACGGGUAUUGCCAACAAGAUUGCCAACGGCCUCCCUCUGGUAACAGGAAAGGAAGGUAACGAGGCAGCCUUGAGCGCCGAGACUGUUGCUCUCAACGCCAGCGCAGUCUAUCUUUUGAAUGCCGGCGAGGAGGUACCAAAGCCUCUUGCUGAUGCCUACGUCAAGGGGCUAGGCGAAAAGAAGCUGCCUGUCAGACGCACUUGGAUUCUUCGCGCUGGUGAUAUUCUCUAUGCCUUCAACAAGGAGAGCCAAGAAACCCUGCCGGCCAACUUCAUCAAGUUCGCCGAGGCUAUCGUUACUCCCCUGGGAACUACUUUUGCCGAGGUUGUCGCGAACCCUGCCACUGCUGCUCAGAACGGUACUGUUACCGGCGCUCUUGUUUUUUGCGCUGUCGAGUCGCUGAUUCGGAGGGCGGAGAGCUCCACUUUUGAGGCCGUCUACAAGAAGGCCAAUAUCCAAAAAAACAGCUUGGCCGUUAACCCCAAGCCGUCCUACCUGUUCAACCCCAGGAUAUACGGCAAGUUUGCCGAUGAGGAUCUCAAGUGGCUGACAAGCGCCUUGUGUGCUGUUGCGCCUUUCCUCAACGGUGUUGGUCUCCCGGAGAGGGUCGCUUGGGCCCAGGCCUUUAUCUACGUGAUCAGCUCGGCUGCCACUGGCCCCGAGGUCCGCCGCGAUGCCAUUGACGCUCUUUCCACCCUCUAUGCUCAGUCCUCCGCCAAGGCCGAGGGGCCAUCAGCUCUCCUCACCGAAACCAUUGUCGAAGGUCUUUGGCACUGGAUUGAGGCGACCGAGGCAGCUGACAAGGAAAGUGCGGCGGCUUUGGCCAAGACUGGAACCUCCAACCUCCACCUCGUUCUCAAGGCUAUCUGCUUGAAGCCCGAGGAGUACCAGAAGCGUGCUGGUGCGGAGCCUGACAAGACCAAGCUCGAAUCCCAAAUGUGCUCUCUGCUUGUUCUCGCCAAGUCGCAGCUCAUCCCCAGGGCGAGCUGGAUCGAUCUCUGCUUGAAGGUGGAGACCGAUCCUGGUGGGCUUGCCAGGAAGUACGAGCAGCGUUUGCUUGAUGAGAUCGUCAACAGGACACUCUACGAGCAAAAGGCCGAGGCUGUUAGGCUGGCGGCAUACAAUGCGGCUGCCGAGCUUGUUUUCGUCGCCCCUGAGACUAUGACUCCUCGCAUUGUCGACCUCAUCCAACAGAACCUCAAGGUCUCUGAGGUCCAGUCCGUUGGCCCUCUCGAGGCGGCCAUCUUCCGUACGCCUGAAGGAACCGCCUUCGUCGAUGUGCUGGCCAAGAAACAGAACGUCGUUCCCAACAAGAAUGAUCCCAACUACCACACUCUCAAGUGGGAGGAGGAGCUUCGUGAGCAGAUUGCUCAGAAGAAGGGAGUGCAAAAGAAGCUCACAGCGGAAGAAAACGCCAAAGUCAAUGCUCAGCUCAAGAAGGAAGCGGAGAUCCGCGAGAGCGUUAGGCACGUCGCGGCCAACCUCUUGCGUGGCUUUGGCAUUGUCAAGGCUCUCGCUACUGGUCCUCCCACUGAUGCCAGCCGCUGGAUGGGUCCCGCGGUCAAGGCUACCCUUAGUGUCAUCGAUGCUGGUGCAACUCUCAUCACCGGUGAGGCCGGUCCUCUGGCUUUCAUCUCUUGCUCAGAGUGCGUCACGUCUCGUGUUGGCCCUAUCCGCCCCUUCAUUGGUGUCGCUACCCUCAGGGCGCAUAAUGUGUCCGCGCUCCCGGAGAACCUUACCGAGGAACCUUUUGACGAUCUUAUCACUCGUGCUCUCUAUCGUCUCAGGUUCGCCGGUGAACAGCGCCCGUUCGAUGUUAUCUCACUCAUUUACAUGCUCCCGCUCAUCCUCCUCGUCCUCGAGAAGGGUGGCUUCGGUUCCAAUGCCGAUGAUAAGGAUGCCACGCUCGUCCUGGCCAUCGAGUUCCUUUCCUUCCACACCGAUGUCUAUGCUGACGAGGCCACCCCACGCGCUGAGAUUCUUUCCACGUUGAUCACCUCGAUGCAAAACUACAACCAGCACUACAAGAUCAUCAAGGACUGCUUCUCCGACAUGGUCCGCUGCAUCGCUCCCAACAUUUCUGCUGAGGAGAUUGCCGUUCUUUCCCGCGGUGCCAUUGUGCCUCAGGUCGCCGUUCGCACUGCGGCUCUGCAAGCCAUCAGUUCCGAUGUUGACAUGAGUGAGCUCUCCACCUCGGAAGAGAUUUGGCUUGCUUGCCACGACGAUGUUCCGGAGAACGCUGACCUUGGUCGUGAUAUCUGGGAGGAGAGCGAAUUCCAGGUCACCGAGGAACUUGCCUUCAAGAUGCUGCCCUACUUGGAAAGCAAGGAUGGCCAGCUUCGCCGUGCCGCUGCUAAGGGUCUGGCUGAGGCGCUCGGGCAAAACCUCUCAGCCGUCAACCCCAUCCUUGAGAAGCUGAGGGAGUCCUACACUGAGCUCGCCAAGCCUCGUCUUCCCGAGCUUGAUGAGUUUGGCAUGCCCAAGAAGAAGGACCUUUCUGACCCCUGGGAAGCGAGACAAGGCCUUGCCCUAGCCUUCCAGGGUAUUGCACCAUUGCUCCAGAAGAACCAGCUCGAGCCUUUCUUUGCCUUCCUCAUUGACAACGGCCCCUUGGGUGACCAGAACGGUAACGUCAGAGCCCAGAUGUUGGAGGCUGCCAAUACUGCCAUCGAGAUUCACGGCAAGUCCAUCCUGGACAAGCUCAUGAAGACUUUCGAGAAGACCCUUGAGGCUCCCGACAAGGGUACUGCUUUCGCGGAUCGUGUCAACGAGGCUGUCAUCAUUAUGUACGGUGCGCUGGCCCGCCAUCUGAAGCACGGCGAUGCCAAGAUCCCUGUGGUUAUUGACAGGUUGAUUGCCACCCUGAGCACCCCCUCUGAGACUGUCCAGUAUGCUAUCGCCGAGUGUCUCCCACCUCUUGUCCGCACCUGCGGAGACAAGUCCAACAAGUACAUUGAGCAGGUCAUUGAGACUUUGAUGACUUCCAAGGAUUACGCUGUUCAGCGUGGUGCCGCCUACGGUCUUGCCGGUCUUAUCCUUGGCCGUGGUGUUAACUCGCUCAAGGAGCACCGUAUCUUGAUCACUCUCAGAAGUGCCCUCGAGAACAAGAAGGAGGUCAACCAGCGCGAGUCUGCCAUGAUUGCUUUGGAGCUUCUGUCCACCAUCCUAGGCAGACUGUUUGAGCCCUACGUCAUCCAGAUCGUUCCGCAACUGCUUGCUGGCUUCGGUGAUAGCAACCCAAAUGUCCGUGAAGCCGCGUUGCAUGCUGCCAAGUCUUGCUUUGCCAAGCUCAGCUCCUUCGGUGUCAAAAAGAUUCUCCCUACCCUUCUCGAUGGUCUUGACGAGGACCAAUGGAGAUCCAAGAAGGGUGCUUGCGACUUGCUCGGUGCCAUGGCCUACCUUGAUCCCCAGCAGCUGGCUCAGAGUCUGCCGGAGAUCAUUCCUCCCCUUACCGCUGUCCUGAACGACAGUCACAAGGAGGUCAGACUUGCCGCCAACAAGAGCUUGAAGAGAUUCGGCGAGGUUAUCGAGAACCCCGAAAUUCACAGCCUUGUCGACAUCCUGCUCAAGGCUCUCAGUGACCCUACCAAGUACACCGACGAAGCCUUGGACGCCCUCAUUAAGGUUCAGUUCGUCCAUUACCUUGAUGCCCCCUCGCUGGCUCUUGUCAGCCGUAUCCUGCAGCGCGGUCUCGGCGAUCGUUCCAACACCAAGCGCAAGGCUGCGCAGGUCAUUGGCAGUCUUGCCCAUCUCACAGAGCGCAAGGAUCUCGUCGCUCACUUGCCUGUUCUCGUUGCCGGUCUUAAGAUUGCCAUCGUCGACCCCGUGCCGACUACUCGCGCUACCGCCUCCAGAGCCCUCGGAUCUUUGGUCGAGAAGUUGGGCGAAGACGCUUUGCCGGACCUCAUUCCGGGUCUUAUGCAGACCCUCAAGUCCGACACUGGCGCCGGAGACAGACUUGGUUCCGCACAGGCCCUUUCCGAGGUCCUCGCUGGUCUGGGUACUUCCAGACUCGAGGAGACUCUGCCUACCAUCCUGCAGAACGUCGAAUCCUCCAAGCCUGCUGUUCGCGAGGGUUUCAUGUCGCUCUUCAUCUUCUUGCCUGUCUGCUUCGGAAACAGCUUCGCCAACUACUUGGCCAAGAUCAUUCCUCCUAUUUUGUCUGGUCUUGCUGAUGAUGUCGAGACUAUCAGAGAUACUGCCCUCCGUGCUGGUCGUCUCUUGGUUAAGAACUUUGCCGUUAGAGCUGUCGAUCUCUUGCUGCCCGAGCUUGAGCGUGGUCUCGCUGAUGACAGCUACCGUAUCCGUCUCAGCUCCGUCGAGCUCGUUGGCGAUCUGUUGUUCAACCUUACCGGUGUCAAGGUCACCGAUGGUGAAGAUGAAGAAGAGGAUAUCGAAACUGUCAAGGAAGCUGGUGCUUCUCUCCGUGAGAUCCUCGGAGAGGAGAAGCGCAACAAGGUCCUGUCCUCGCUCUACAUCUGCCGUUGCGACACCUCGGGUGCCGUCCGCUCCGCUGCUGUCAGUGUGUGGAAGGCUCUUGUCCACAGUCCUCGCAUUCUUAAGGAGCUUGUGCCCACUCUCACUCAGCUCAUUAUCCGCCGUCUCGGCAGCUCCAACAUGGAGCACAAGAUUAUUGCCAGCAAUGCUUUGGGCGAGCUGAUAAGGAAGGCUGGCGAUGGCGUUCUGGCGACACUCUUGCCCACUCUCGAGGAAGGUCUCCAGACCUCGAGCGAUGUUGAUGCCAGACAGGGUAUCUGCCUUGCCCUCAAGGAGCUCAUCGCUUCUGCCUCUCCCGAGGCCCUCGAGGAUCACGAGAAGACGCUCAUCUCGGUUGUGCGUACCGCGCUUACCGACCGCGACGAAGAUGUCAGAGAAGCCGCCGCCGAGGCCUUCGAUUCCUUGCAGCAGAUUCUCGGCAAGCGUGCGGUCGAAGAGGUUAUGCCCUUCCUUCUCACCCUUCUCGCCAAUGAGGAGGAGGCUGAGAACGCUCUUGCGGCUCUGCUCACCUUGCUUACCGAGACUACUCGCUCCAACAUGAUUCUGCCAAACCUCAUUCCCAGCCUCAUCAAGCCUCCUAUUUCUUCUUUCAACGCCAAGGCGUUGGCUUCGUUGUCCAAGGUUGCCGGCGCGGCUAUGAACCGUCGCCUGCCCAGCAUCAUCAACUCGCUUAUGGAUAACAUUAUCAACUGCACUGACGAUACCCUCCGCGAGGAGCUUGAUGAGUCGUUCGACACUGUCAUCCUGUCCAUUGACGAGUACGACGGUCUCAACAUGGUUAUGCAGACCUUGCUGCAGCUUCUCAAGCACGACGAUCACCGCAGAAGAGCGUCUACCGCGUUCCACCUGUCCAAGUUCUUUGCUUCGGCCGAUGUGGACUACUCGCGCUACAACCAGGAUAUCAUCCGCUCUCUCCUGCUCUCGUUCGAUGAUAGGGACAUGGACGUGGUCAAGUCUGCCUGGAGCGCGCUUAGCGAGUUCACCAAGAAGCUUAGGAAGGAAGACAUGGAGAACUUGGUCAUCUCUACUCGCCAGACUCUUCUUCAGGUCGGCGUUGCCGGCGUCAACCUGCGCGGCUUCGAGCUGCCCAAGGGUAUCAACGCCAUUCUCCCGAUUUUCCUGCAGGGUCUUAUGAAUGGCUCGGCAGAUCAGAGAGUGGCUUCGGCCCUUGCCAUCUCGGACAUUGUCGACCGGACCAGCGAGGCCUCGCUCAAGCCGUUUGUCACGCAGAUUACCGGUCCGCUCAUUCGUGUCGUUUCCGAACGCUCUACCGAGGUCAAGUCCGCCAUUCUGCUUACCCUCAACAACUUGCUCGAGAAGAUGCCUACGGCGCUCAAGCCCUUCCUGCCGCAGCUGCAGCGUACUUUCGCCAAGUCGCUGGCCGACACCUCCAGCGACGUGCUCCGCAGUCGUGCCGCCAAGGCUCUGGGUACUCUUAUCAAGUUUACUCCCCGCGUGGAUCCUUUGAUUGCCGAGCUGGUGACGGGCUCCAAGACUUCCGACGCCGGCGUCAAGACGGCCAUGCUCAAGGCCCUGUACGAGGUCAUCAGCAAGGCCGGCGCCAACAUGGGCGAGGGCUCUCGCACCGCCGUCCUCGGUCUUAUUGAUACCGAGGCGGACGAGCGCGACGACACCAUGACCAUCACCUACGCCAAGCUGUUUGGUGCCCUUGUCAAGAACGUCUCGGACGAGGUGGCUGCCCAGCUUCUCAAGAACAGAGUCCUGACCAGGGACUUUAGCAACUCGAGUGUUCUGGCUUUGAACGCCGUCCUGCUGGAGAGCCCUGAGACCCUCUUGGAUUCUUCGUUGGUGGAUGACUUGCCUGAGCUUUUGUGCCAGGGCAUGGCAAGCAAGAACACCUUCAUAACCGAAAACUUCAUUCUCGCCACCGGCAAAUACCUCCUGUCCCCCGUGCCCAAAUCCUUCGAAGCAACCAAACCCCUCUUCACCACCAUCUCCACCCUCCUUCCACCGGGCCAACCGACCGACUCGCGCCGUCUCGCCCUCGUCCUUGUUCGUACACUGGCGCGCACCAACCCCGACCUCGUCCGUCCCCAUCUGGCUCUACUCGCCCCGCCCGUCUUCGCCUCGGUGCGCGACAUGGUCAUCCCCGUCAAGUUGGCCGCCGAAGCCGCUUUCGUCCAGCUUUUCGCGGUGGCGGAUGAGGAAAGCAAGGUGUUUGAAAAGUACUUGGAAUCUCAAGAAGGAAAUAUGGCGCCGAACGUCAAGAGGAGCAUGCAAGAUUACUUUAAGCGCGUGGCACUUCGUUUGGGUGCGCAGGUGCGCGAGCGCAGAGAGGCCGAGGGUGGAACGGGUGGAUUGGGAUUGAGCAAUGAUGAGGUGGAGGAUGAGAAGGAGUUGAUGAGUGUUGGACGGGUGGAUGUUGCGGGUGGGGGGGAGAUGUUUGAUUAGUUUGUGGAAGAAGAAGAAGAAGGAGAUGGAGUAGAAAAAGGAAAGCGGAAGGGAAAAGAGGUGAAGGAGGAAAAAAAAAAAGGAAAGCGAAAAGAAAGCCGGAUGGGUAAAAAGUGUUUUCUUUAUAUCUCUCUGCUGUACAUUAGAUAGAAUUGUUGUGAAAUAAGCGGUAUGAAAAGUAAUGUUAUGUCUUCUAG